AGGCAGUGAGGGACAGGGCCCGCUGUUGAGCAGGAAGUCGACUUUACACUGUGAUGCUGAUUUUGUCCAGAGAGCAAACCACUGCAGAAAGCUUUUCUCUACAAAUUGUGGACUUUGUUAGCAGCGAGACAAUGGCUGAAGACAAGAGUACGGGUGCAAAGGGCUUCGUUGAUAGCACCAUUCACGUGGACGUCAAGGAUUAUUAUGGCAAGGUGCUGAAGGACUCCUCAGACCUGAGAAGCAAUGCCUGUGUGGCUCCAGCCCAGCCCAUCCCUGCCUUCAUCCGCCAGGCUCUGAAGAAAGUGCACCCUGAAGUCAGUGCCAGGUACUAUGGCUGUGGUCUGGUGGUGCCAGAGUGCUUGGAGGGCUGCAGGAUACUGGACCUGGGCAGUGGAAGUGGGAGGGACUGUUACAUGCUGAGCCAGCUGGUGGGCGAGAAGGGCCAUGUCACUGGCAUCGACAUGACUGAGGACCAGCUUGAAGUGGCCAGGACAUAUGUGGACUAUCACAUGAAAGAGUUUGGCUACAAGAAACCCAAUGUCAGUUUUGUCUGGGGCUACAUUGAGGCCCUAACAGAAGCGGGUCUGGAAAAGAGCUCAUUUGAUAUCAUUAUUUCCAACUGUGUGGUGAAUCUCUCUCCAGACAAGAAGCGAGUGCUGGCUGAAGCCCACAGUGCGCUCAAGGAUGGUGGUGAGCUGUACUUCAGUGACAUCUACAGCAAUGGAAGACUAACAGAGGAAAUUAAAAAUCACAAAGUCCUAUGGGGUGAGUGUCUUGGUGGAGCGCUCUGGUGGAAGGAUCUGCUGCGAUUGGCUGAAGAAGUGGGCUUCAGCCCACCACGACUGGUUACAGCCAGUGUCAUCACUGUAGACAACAAAGAAUUGCAGGACAUUCUGGGUGACUUCAAGUUUGUCUCUGCCACAUACCGCCUGUUCAAGGUUCCUAAAGGCAACACCAAGCCCUGUCAGGUUAUAUAUAACGGGAGCAUUACAGGCGUAGAGGACAGCUUCCAGUUUGACUGUCAGUACACAUUCAAGGUGGAUGAAGUGGUGGAGGUUGAUGGAGAGGUGGCCACCAUCCUGAGCCAUUCCAGAUUUACGGAGGACUUCUUUUUCCAGCCACAGGGAGGCCCCUGCGGGCCCUGUGGAGUCAAACCUAAGGCAGGCAUUGUGGAUCCUUUCGAGCUGGUCCUUCAGCUGGAGAAACAAAGUCCAGGUUCAGCCACAGGGGGAUGCUGCAGUACACGGUCUGCUGCCUGCUGCAAAUGAUGGUGGGAAGAGCUCUGAGAAAUACAGGCCCAGCAUCAUACUGUGUAUGCAUAAUAACAGUAGUUCAAAUGUACUGACUUAAUUAUGCCUUAUGCAAUAUCAUUAUGUUGUGUGUCCUUUUUAACAUUUCUAAUGAGAUUUCAGCAAUUGAAAUGAAUCCUUACUUACACAUAAACAUGUCUUAUUGAUGA